AUGGCGACAAACGCGCCAGCCGAUGGCGCCAGCACAACGCUGCCCUUGCGCAAGCAACCGAACCCGACUGAUUUCGACAUCGUGUCUACGUACCGCAACCUCCUCGCACAGGACUCCGACCUGACCAAGCCCGUCGCCGCCAUCGAGUCCCUCAUCGAGCUGCUCAACUCGGUCCCCUCCACCACCGUCUACGAGACGCUCGACACGGUCAAGGCGCACUGCGACCGCCUCAAGGCCUCGGUCGAGAACCCCGUCCCGCUGACCGCCGGCACCGACCUCUUCCUGCAGUACCUCAUCUCCUCGCUCAAGCAGCAGGGCGGCAACGACAGCGCCGGCAACAGCUUCGACGCCGUCCGCCAGCACCUGCUGCGCAACGGCCGCCUCUUUGCCGCCCGUGCCAUCGCCGCCCGCGCGGGCAUCGCCGAGUCCGGCUGGCGCUUCGUCACCGAGGGCAAGGCGGUGCUGACGCACGGCAACUCGCGCUCCGUCCUGGCGGUCCUCGAGCGCGCCGCCAAGAACGGCCCGGGCAAGUUUCGCGUCGUCUACGUCCGCGACUCGGCGCGCGCCGAGGAGAGCGAUGCGGUGGUCAAGGCCCUCCGCGAAAAGGGCAUCCCCGUGGCGGAGAUUCCGGGCGCGGCGGUCGCGCACGUCAUGGGUCUGCUGCGGCAGGUCGACAUGGUGAUUGUGGGCGCCGAGGCGGUGGCGCAAAACGGCGGCAUCAUCUCGAGGAUAGGCACGUUCCAGAUUGCCCAGCUGGCGAACCGCGCGCACGUUCCGUUCUACGUGGCGGCGGAGACGCACAAGUUUGCGCGCAAGUUCCCGCUGGACCAGAGAGACAUUGGCUUUGAGCAGCAGGUGCUCGACUUUACGACUGAUGGAGCGAGCAAGCAGCCUGUCGACGCUGUUGAUUAUACCCCACCUGAGCUCGUCUCAAACCUCAUUACCGAAAACGGCGUCCACCUACCGAGCUACGUAUUCGAACAGCUGCUUGAGAUUUAUGGUAGUCUGAAUGGCUGA